UGAUGGUCGAACGCACAACUCUCAGUCGCAGGUCGAACAGAAAUCAACUCUCACUGCCCUACGCCCGUCCGUCACAGCGCGCCUCGAAGUCGUCGUUGUCGUCAAUGUUUAACAGUAUAGUGAACUGGUUCAAAGCAACCGAUGAGCUUGAUGAAGACGAGCCAGUGGAUGAACAAGACGCAGGGUCAUCCAAUCCCGCUGCACAAGCUCUUGUUGAUCGAGGGCACGACAUGAGUGCUGGACAAGACGCAUUGCCCCCGCCACCACGACGAAGUGACGGCCACCAACCACCACUCACGUCGCAGUCGUCAUAUCCACAACUGCCUGGAGGUCCUCCGCCGGUUGAAACACAAGCAACUACGUCAACGUUCUCUUUCCCGUCAGCCCCUCCUCCCGUUACACGUACUUCGACCUCUUCCUCUCCUGGACCAGAGGGACUCCCCAAGAACAAUAUCGAAACCGUCGCAAAUUAUCUCAACAGAAAGAUAGGGCAAGGACAAGCCCUCGAUGCUGUGGAGAUUGCGGGUGUCAUGGCAUUACUCAAGGAUGAGGGCGCUGAAGACCCAGAUGAGGAGAAACACGAACCGUUCCGCUUCUCUACCAGCCCGUCUACUCGUGGUAAUAGCCCUUCUCUCGGCGCCCUGGCGGCGAGCACGUCUGCACCCGCCGCCAACGGCGACGCGAAGAAGCCUCGUAUGCUGACGAAGAACCCUAACGGUGUUUAUCGGUGGCAAGGUGCUGGAAGUGCUCGUCCGCGAAACCGGUACCAGUCUCCAGGUUUCGGUCCAUCACGAUCGCAGCCAACCAUCAAGAUUAUCCCGGAGAAGACUGAGACGACAGACGCGAAGAGACGGCGUGUGAGCGAGGAGGCACAGGAAUCGACUUCUCAGCACGCACCGGCACCCGCGUCUGCUACUGAUGGCGCUCCCUCAACAUCCGCCGAUGGCGCUGACGGCUCAUCAAGUGCGCCAUUGGCGGGCAACCAGAAGUCGCCAUCACCGCAGCCAACUGCUUCUUCCUCGAAGUCCGAUGGGCUCGCGCCCCCGGCAACACCUGGACUCCGCACGACUGGAAUCACUACACCCAACGCGCCGGCGGUCCCAUCACCACUACGAAACUCCUGGAGCAACGAUCCUUCGUUUCCAUCAUCAGCUGCGCCCAAGCCAACACGCGCUGCCACUCUAGUGACAGACAUACUCAAAGAGGUCACGCCGUCAGAGAAGAAAAAAGACCUUAUCAAUCCUUACGAGGCAUUCUAUCCUGGUAACCUCAAUCAGCUGCCGAAGAAGAAGCCGUUGAAGAGGAAGGCGAGUUCUAAGGGGGUUGAGAAGAAGGCAGGUCCGCUAGCGAAUGCUCCUGGGCAGAAGUCAGAGGAGAAGAAGCAGAAGGAGGCUGAGAUGAGUCCGAGUAAGAUUAUCGAGGCAACUGUGCCUAAGGGUGCCAAGCGGGCACGUCCUCCACCAGAACUUGAGAAGCAAAAGCCAGCAGCUCUCGGCCAGGAGCCACGAAAGGCUGAGCCGCUCAAGCCCUCUGAACGUCAGACGGCUCCGAGUGGCUCUUCAUUUCUCAAAAUUCCAAGCAAAAAACCUGCUAAACCACCGGUCAUAAUAGAGGAACUAUCGGACGAGGAUCAGCCGUCGCCGUCUAAGAAGGCGAAGACCAAGACUCCAACACCUGCUCAACCAGUUGCUACUCCACCUGCGCCCACCUUCGCUGCUGUUCUAGCCCUGGCUGCUGCUUCUGCCAAGUCGCCCGUGCCUACCCGGUCUAUCUCGAUUGAGGAGGUUGAGGAGGUUGAGGAUCAAGACAUGGAAUCAGUUAAGCCUGCACAGGUGAUUGAGCCUGAGGAGAACACCCGUCGUAGCUCCUCUCCUACUUCCCCCACCACCUCUGCGCCCGGUCCCUUUGGUGCCAAGUCUGCAUUUGGCACCAAAUCUUCCGCACCGAAAGCCCCUUCAAAGCUGCGAUACAGCAUUCAACCUGAAAAGGACGAGCAGACACAAGAUAUUGCCGAGAGGAAGGAGAGUGAGACGCCUAGCGAGAAGUCAUCGUCGUCAUAUGCGUCCACCUCAGCGCCAUUUGGUGCCGCGCGACCUGCGAAGAAGUAUCCCAUUGACGUUACCGAGAUCAUGAAGUUCGUGAAGUCUUUGCCGAAGUUCGAGCUCAAUGCGUACCCAUUCGACACUCCCACGUCAUCGCCCGGUGCCGGACCAAGCACCGUCAAGGCACGAGACGCAGCAAAGGCCACGUCUGUCUUGGAGCUGCCAGCCUACUCGUUCGAUUUCACCGCUGCACCGACAGCUGCACCGAGCGCGACCCCCGGCUUCAACUGGAGCGGAGUCAGCGCGGAGAACUCCACCGAGGCUGGGGAUCAGUGGACGUGCUCUACAUGCAUGCUCAAGAACCCUGCCGCAGCGACGGAGAAGUGCACAAUCUGCGACGCCCCUCGGCCAAGCGCGGAACUUGCGGCACCGGUCACGAAGGGCUUCAGUUGGAACGCAGCUGGCGUGAAAGCACCCGCCGGGACUGAGGAUCAGUGGACGUGCUCUACGUGCAUGCUCAAGAACUCUGCCACAGCGACGGAGAAGUGCACGAUUUGCGAGGCCCCUCGACCGGCUGCCGCAAUCAAGGAGGCUCCCAAGGCCUUCGACUGGGUGGCAGCCGGGAUGAAGGCUCAGCCUGCCCCUUCCGCCGACACAUGGACAUGUGCGCAGUGCAUGCUCCAGAAUCCCGGUACCGCACAGGAGAAAUGCACGGUUUGCGACGCCCCCCGGCUGGGCGCGCAGGCCGCAAAGCCUCAGCCCACAACGUCUGCCGGUACUUGGACGUGCUCGCUGUGCAUGCUCCAGAACCCGGGGACCGCACAGGAGAAAUGCACGAUUUGCGACGCCCCUCGGCCGGCCCCUCAGGCUGCGAAGCCUCAGCCCACAUCGCAGUCUCCUGUCGGUACGUGGACGUGCUCUACAUGCAUGCUCCAGAAUCCAGGGACUGCAUCGGAGAAAUGUACGAUUUGCGACGCUCCCCGGCCGGAUGCAAAGCCAGCGGCACCGGCCACGAAAGGCUUCGACUGGGCUGCUGCGGGUAUGAAGCAGCCAACGGCUACCAGCGGAUGGACGUGCAAGAGCUGCAUGCUGCAGAAUCCCGCGGACGCCGAGAAGUGCACUGUUUGUGACGAGCCCCGAUGAGCGUAUUUAAUGUUGUGAUUUGUUCUGUACAGCGCAUUGUUUGUUGCUUUGCUUUUUUUUACACACUGGAAUGUAUUCCGCUGCAGUAUGCUGUGAUGAUACUAAUCUAUC